AUGGCCACGCUGAAGUUUGUGAACUCGGUGUGGGCGAACUUCCGGGCGACCUCAGGACUGGAACCAAGGCUACUGGACAAUCUACGCAUCACCGCUGCUCGUCCAGGGACGGUUCAUUUUGAGCUGGAUGUGCAAAAGGAACAUACGAACCGAUUGGGCAUUCUACAUGGAGGAACAAUCGCCAGCAUGGUGGAUCUCGGAGGCUCGCUUGCCGUCGCUUCUCAUGGCCUUUUUGCGACUGGCGUAUCUACUGACUUGAACGUCACAUAUCUAGGCUCAGGCGGCAAAGUUGGCGAUAAGAUCCUAGCGGUAGUUGGCAACAAAUUAGCCUACACAAACAUAAAAUUCACCAACAAGGCAGAUGAAAUUGUGGCAAGGGGCAGCCACACAAAGUACAUCGCCCAAGCCUUCAGGGACCCGAGAAACAUCAUCGAACAAAAGAAGCCCUGA